CACGAAUGUCAAUCACUGUGUGCUCUGUGCCUUUAUGGAGACACAAAAGCUCACAGACGCCACUCCGUCGGUGCCUAAGGUACUACAUUUCAUGGGCAGUUAAUUUGAAAAUAGGUGAAUGCAAACAAUUAUAAUGUUCGAUAAAGGAGGACACGGUAAACGAUCUAUGAAUAAGAACCGGUUCUCGUACGUACGCCCCACUUGAAGGACGAGCAACGUAGCGGGGAAAAUUACAACGGUACUUUCGUUGGUUGCAACUUUGCGUUUUAAACACAAAUGUACCGUGCUUCAUCGCAAGUACAUCGACAAAUGAUACUGGAAUCAUACGGUCAGUCAUGUCAGAGAAGAAGAAACAGGAAAAAGAAGACGAGAAAUGGGAUACCGAUCGUAUGGUCUACCCUAAAAUUAUGAGUUUGAAAGUGAAGGUGCUUUUGAAAAUUUUUCUAUAUUCAGUGGUGGGUCCAAUACUUUUGUACUGUUUGUUCUUUUCUUUUCUCCACUAUAAAGAAAGUUUAAUAACAGUACGUACAAAAGUGAUCGAGAUAGAAGAAAAGAGACCGUUAUAUUGGAUAUAUGCGAGAAAUAACGAUACCGGAUACUUGAAACACGUGCACGCCGUAUUGGAACGUCUAGGUUUUAAACGAAGCGACAAUGAUACAAAUUGGGACUUAUUGUGGGCGCACGAUUACCCGUUCAGAGCUUUAUCUUCUAGCUUGAGCAAAUUGGAAGCUCAUCGGCGUGUUAAUCAUUUUCCUGGUUGCGGAUACAUCACGAAUAAAGUAGACUUGUCGACGACGGAGGGUCUGUACAUACUUCCGGCGUUCAAAUUGCCAGAACAACGCCAAGAAUUCUCGCGAUACACUAACGACCAUCCCGAUAAGAUUUUCGUGGAGAAAUCUAACGAUCAUCGAGGUAUUAGAGUGAAAACUACGAGCAACAUAAACGUCACAGCGGAAGGGUCUUUCGUGCAAGAAUUUAUACAGCGACCGUUUCUCGUGGACGGUCACAAAUUUGAUAUUGGAAUAUACACCGUGAUCACGUCCAUCGAUCCUCUCAGAGUAUACGCGUACAAAGGCGACGUCCUGUUCAGAUUUUGCCCGAUCAAAUAUUAUCCUUUCGAUCCGGAUAUUUUGGACAAGUACGUGGUGGGCGACGAUUAUCUGCCAAUUUGGAACAUUCCAUCCCUGAAACAGUAUUACACUAAUUUGGGAUUCUCGAUGAAAGAUACGUUUGACGCGUACGUGAGGUCGCAGGGGAAAGAUCCCGAGAAGGUAUGGCGUUCUGCGUUCGAAGCAAUAAAGGAAAUCGCAUUGCUGAAGGAAAAUCACAUCAAAGAAGCGGCCAAGCGUUUCGGAAAUGGAAGGAAUUUCUUCGAAUUAGUUAGAAUAGAUUUUGCCCUGGACGAAGACUUGAACGUCUACACGAUGGAAGCAAAUAUGUCUCCGAAUUUGUCUUCUGCUCAUUAUCCGCCGAACCAAUUGCUUUACGAACAAGUUAUAUAUAACUUAUUCGCGUUGGUCGGCGUCGGACGAAGAAUCAAGAAGGAUUCCUUGAAAAUAAGUAGUAGGGUGGAGUUAGAAAUGAUGGUGGCUGAUAAAAAUUUGGUGGUGUUACCGGAACUCUGCGCGGAAUGUGAAGAUUGUUUCCGGAUAGAAUGUCAGCUUUGUAGCCCGUGUUUUACGGAUGAAACUAGACUCAUUUUGUCCCAAAGUUAUCUCGAACAUCAAAAUAAAAUGGACUUCCACAGAGUCUUUCCACCAGCUAUAACCAAAAAUAUGGUGUUAAUGCAUUAUACACUACGAAAUCAAUUAUUAGCGAGGUGGUUCCAAGGCAAAUGUGAGCUAGAUCACUCAUGGUGUUCAUAAAUAAAAU